GGACCCAGGGCUUCCCCUUGCACUGGUGCUCUUACUAGGAUAUUCAUUGCUACCUAUGGGGUCAGAGUCCAGGGUCAGUCCAUAUAUAGUCUUUAGGUAGUGGCUUAGUCCCUGGAAGCUCUGGUUGCUUGACAUUGUUGUACUUUUGGGGUCUCGAGCCCCUUCAAGCUCUUCCAGUUCUUUCUCUGAGAAUCUGAGUUCUUAAAUAGCCCUUAACUCCGCAAAAUCACCGGGAUGCCACCUCUCCUACUCUGCCAUGGUUCUGGAGAAGGACCAGAUCUCAUAGCAAACUUUUUAAGAGCACCCACACAUCCGCGCCCCAUCCGGACUCCUUUUCUCUGAUUGGCCUGUGUGACUCCCGAUUGUCCAAUCACGUUUGGAGCGUUUCGGCGCAGCUCGGUGGCGUAGUCGCGCAUGCUCAGUCGGGGACACGCCGUGCACCCCGGUUCUCCCGCGUGCGGCAAAGGGCACGGUGUAGGGCGGUGCUAACCCGGCUAGGUGCUGGUGCCAAGGUCGCGGCGCCGCGCUGGGACAGGGCGACGCCCAGCAGGAGGGUGACAAGAAAAAGCAGUUGUCACCUCCACCAAGUUCAACGCUAACUCCCCUAAGUACAGGAUUAGGGUGCCUAGCUCACCCAUCUGUCGGCUGGGACUCAGAGGGGGCUCGAGUUGCAGUCUUUUGAGUCUCAGCCGACCACUAGGCCGGGUGAAUGGAGCCGGCCCUGACCAGAACAAUCAGCUCUGGUGCAGAAUGGGCUGGGCUACACCGCCCUAAACGUGGCCGUGGUAGCAUCAUCCCCGAUGCGCCGCCCGGGCCGCGGGGUCCGUGUCCCGCCCCGUGAGACGGCCCUGGAAAGCGCGGCUCCCGUGUGUGCAACUUAGAAAGUGACCGAGCUGCAGGGCAGGAGAGGUGCCAGCCUAGUGCGGUCCCCGCUGCGCCGCGUCCGAUCCCCCGGCCCAGACCGCGUUUGGCGGCUCGCCGCUCCUAGCCCUGGCCGGCCCCUGCGGCCGCUCGCAAAACGCGGCGAGCGGAACCCGCACGCGGAAGCGCCCGUCGCACUGAGCAUGCCCAGUGGCACAGUCGAACAGAGGAGUUUUUUUUCUUUUUCUUUUCUUUCUUCUUUUUUCUCUCUUUCUUCUUUUUCUUUUUUCUGGGUCUCCAGCAGGAGGCCUGUCCCCCACCCUCAGUUCAGACCCCCGCCGUCCCCGAGCCUGAGCAGCUAACCAUGGCCGAGGUGUCCGGCGCCGCGUUGUCCCAGGCGGGUUGGUAUCUUUCAGAUGAAGGCAUUGAAGCUUGUACAAGCUCUCCUGGGAAAGUCAAUAUAAAUGACAUCAUCCUGAUUGCUCUCAAUACAGAUUUGAGAACAAUUGGCAAGAAGUUCCUCCCCAGUGACAUCAGCGGUGGAAAGGUAGAAAAGCUCGAAGGUCCAUGUGUUUUACAAAUUCAGAAGGUCCGCAAUGUGGCUGCGCCGAGGGAUAAUGAGGAGUCCCAAGCUGCGCCAAGGAUGCUGCGUGUGCAGAUGACGGACGGGCACACGAGUUGUACUGCAGUAGAAUUCAGUUACAUUUCAAAGAUAAGCCUGAACACACCACCUGGCACAAAAGUGAAGCUCUCCGGCACUGUGGACAUAAAGAACGGAUUCCUGCUGUUAAGUGACUCUAAUACCACAGUUCUUGGUGGUGAAGUGGAACACCUAAUUGACAAGUGGGCGUUACAGAGAAGCUUACUAAAACACAACAGAAGCAAUAUUGGAGCUGAAGGUGGCCCGCCUCCUUUUUUACCUUUCGGACAGAAAUGUGCAUCUACUGUCCAAGUGGAUAGCAGAGAACUUGAUCGAAGAAAGACAUUACAAGUUUCAUUGCCUGCCAAACCUACAAAUGAUAAUGAUGAGUUUGAAAAGCAAAGGACUGCUGCCAUUGCAGAGGUCGCAAAGAGCAAAGAGACCAAGACAUUUGGAGGAGGUGGAGGUGGAGUCAGAAGUCAUCUCAAUAUUGGUGCUGGCGGGCACCGAAAUCGGGAGGUUUCACAGAAGGAAAAGGCUUCCAAGUCAGAGAGCAAAAAUGAAGGUGUCUAUAGAGAACUGGUUGAUGAGAAAGCGCUGAAGCACAUAACGGAAAUGGGCUUCAGUAAGGAGGCGUCGAGGCAAGCACUGAUGGAUAAUGCCAACAACCUAGAGGCAGCCUUGAACGUACUUCUGAACAGCAGUAAACAGAAGCCUGUCGUGGGUCCUCCUCCCAGAGGUAGAGGGAAAGGCAGGGGGCGAGUACGAUCAGAAGAUGAAGAAGACCUAGGAAACGCAAGACCGUCAGCACCAAGCACAUUAUUUGAUUUCUUGGAGUCUAAAAUGGGAACUCUGAAUAUGGAAGAACCUAGGUCACAGCCACAGCACCUUUAUCAAGGACAGCACAGAGUAUCGAAUACUGAGCAAAAUGGGAUAAAGGAUGGCAAUCAAUCAAGACAUCUUCCUCGGAACGACCCCAGGCAGCCGAGAAAUGAGAAACCUCCUCGCUUUCAAAGAGACACCCCCAAUUUGAAGUCAGCCUUAGAAAACAGCGUAUUAUCUAGAAAUAGAGGCUCCGAAAGACCAAGCAGUUCUUCAGGUUCUGAUGUGUGGGCAGAAGAGAGGAUCAAGUGUGAUAGGCCGUAUUCUAGAUAUGACAGAACUAAAGACGCUUCGUAUCCUUUAGGUUUUCAGCACAAUGAUGGUGCUUUUAAAAGGAGAGAUAACUCUAUGCAAAACAGAUCAGGAAGAGGCCCGUUGUAUGCAGAGGCAAAAGAAAACCCACAUCCUUCAGAAUUUGUAGAUUAUAAUAAUCAAAAACGUGGGAAAAGAGAAAACCAAACCAGUAAUCCUGAUCAUUUUUAUGACAGGAAAUCACGAACAAUGAAUAGUGAAGCGUUUAGUGGUCUAAAAAUUGAAAAACAUUUUAGUGCAAAUACUGAUUAUCAGAAUCCUGUCCAAAGUAAUAGUUUUGUUGGUGUUCCAAAUGGAGAAACAGAUAUGCCUAUGAAAGGAAGACGAGUAGGACCAAUUAAGCCAGCAGGACCUGUCACAGCUGUGCCCUACGAUGAUAAAAUAUUUUAUAAUAGUGGGCCCAAAAGAAGAUCUGGGCCAAUUAAGCCUGAAAAGGUGAUAGAAUCAUCUAUUCCUGUGGAGUAUGCAAAAAUGUGGAAACCUGGAGAUGAAUGUUUUGCACUUUAUUGGGAAGACAACAAGUUUUACCGAGCAGAAGUUGAAGCCCUGCAUUCUUCGGGCAUGACAGCGGUUGUGAAGUUCACGGACUACGGAAACUACGAAGAGGUGCUUCUAAGCAACAUCAAGCCUGUUCAGACAGAGGCAUGGGAAGAAGAGGGUACCUAUGAUCACACCAUUGAGUUCCGGAGAGGGGGUGACGGACAGCCUCGAAGGUCCACUCGGCCAACACAGCAGUUUUACCAGCCUCCUCGAGCUCGGAACUAAUGUGAAAGAAGGAGAGAGAUGACCAGAAGCACUCGGAAGGAAAAGAAGUGGGGAGAAGACCAUAGCAAUAUUCUAAUGGGAUAUCCGUUUUUGAAGAAUGAGAAAAGAGAUUUGAGGAUCUAGAAAAUAAUUCCUUCAGACUCUUCAUAUCUGUGUGCCUUGUACAGGACUAUUCUGUCUCAACUGGGGAGACUUCUAUCUGUUGGUGGAGUUGGAUGUUGUCAUUUAGACUGAGAGACCUUUCCCUGAAGUAGCAUCGGCAGCCACCCAUGGACUUCUGUAAAUGCACCUGCCACUUCUUUCCACGGAUUCUGAUUCUGAGGACAUCUUUUAAUUAAUCUCCAGGAGAGGCCACAAAGCUCACAGUUGGUUUCCGUGUUCAAAAUCACUGUUUUGAAUAGCCUGUUAGAAUCUACCAGAGAAUUAAACACACACACACACACACACACACACACACACACACACACACACACACACACACUCACACACCCAAAAACAUCUACAAACAACAACAAUAAAACCAAAAAUACAGACCAGGGGUCUAAGUACCUAGCAGUGAGAUGUGGGAAGACAAUUGAAAAAAAAAAAAAGCAUAAACUCUCCCUGUUAAAAAUAAACUAUAGGGAUUUAGCUCAGUGGAAGAGUUCUUGCCUAGUAAGCACAAGGCCCUGGGUUCGGUCCCCAGCUCCGAAAAAAAGAAAAGAAAAGAAAAAAACUAUGAUUCCCUCCCCUCCUCUUUAUCCUAGACCAUUUAUGUUAGAAACCUAUAAUUAUAAAUACUCUCUUUUCUAUCUGAAAUGUUUGAGCAUCUUUUGAAACUAAUUGGGUCUUUUGUGAGUCUGUGAGUCUGAUGACUGGGGAACGUCUUUCUCAAGAACCUGGCCUCCAUCUCUCUGAAACUUAGACAUCAAGGGAGAUGGCACCCAAUCUCACCCUUGCUGUCUCUAUGAGGCGGUAGGAGCUUCACUUCUGUAGCACCUUGCUCCAAACUACAGAACUGUCUCCUACCAGAAAAAGGUCAUUUUCCUUCUGGUUGAUCCAAAUAAAGCAACAGUUACCAGAUGCCAUCCAGACUGUCUAGUCCUCUGACUUGUGGGCAGGUGGUUAAUUUUGAGACCUGUGUAAUUAAUAGGCAGCAUGUGAUUGGCUUACUACUUCUUAGUGAACUGCCUACCAUGUGUGUGCCACUUCCCGACUUCAUGUUUAUUCUCUAAUUAAACUGAUUUGUUUCUGUCUCUGCUAUCUUUGUGGAGAGGUUUUCUGGGUCGAGGGAAGAUUUUAUUGUAUGCCAUUGCCCUAGCAACAGGCAAUAUUUUUUUAUCACAGGUUCCCCAGGAGAAACAGGGAGUUUUGUAUAGAAACUGUAGCUUACUCCAUGGCCACUGGGGCCAGAAGCCAGCCCCCAAGGAUUGCCAUAGAACUAUAAGGUUAGGUCCCUUGACGAGUACCUGGUGACGGUGCUGGCCAGUUGUGUGUGUGUGUGUGGAGGUGGAAAUGAGUGGCCAGUCCUGGGCAUACACAGAUUGCUCUUACCUGCUUCUUCUGGGUCAGCUCUGGUGAUCCCUUUUACUCAGCCUCUCAGUUCAGUAGUCUCAGGAGGAACUGCUCUCGCUCACUGAGUACCUGCCCUGCAUGGGCUGUGGGAAUGCAAAAGCUGGCCUUCCGAAUGCUGUGGAAGCUAUCCCCCACAAGAUGAAUCACUCUUUCCUCUGUGAUAUUUCUGUCCUCUCUUUGGACCUAGCUUGCUAUCAACUGACAUGAUUUAUCAUCCUACCCCAUAGGCAGUGAGGAGAUUGCUCACGCUUUAAACUCUUUCCAGGCUUGCCCAGGACCCUGCCUCCCUUCUUACAUCACCCUGGGCCUUGGGCUCAGAGUCUCCCUGUUAAGCAGCAUGGUGUAUGGCAAUCAUCGAGUGGGAAAAUCAAUGUGAUCUGAGAGAGGGCAAGCCCAUCCUCACAGUUUGACACACUGAGUCUUUUAGUUCGGUGAUGAGUGGGAAUUAGAAACUGUAAAAGAAAGCGACAAAAACAGCCCACCAACCUUAUUUGAGCUGCAUUUGUCGACUGCAGCAAGAGCUCAUGUACACCAGGCUGGCUUCGACUACCAAUCCCCCUGCCAGUCUCUGCCCUGCAAGUGCUGUCCCGUGGCACUAUCUUCAUUUCACCACUUGUCCCCCUGCUUCUACCGCCCCAUUCCUUUUUUUAAACCACAGAAAAGCUACUCGUCUGCCUCGUUGAAGGCCCCUCAUAAGGCUUUUAGAGUAAGUAGAAUUCAGAUCAGACCAUGUGAAAUUGCUUCACCAGAAACGGGGCCCUGUGAGAGCAAAUGCACUGCUUGCUAUGGUAUCGUCAAGAAGAGACCUGCCUCAAGGAGGAAAGGUGGGCAGGGCUUUUACAAUCAGAUUUUCCCCAGGUUCAGUUUCAUCAGCCCCAUAUCACAAAUGCACCAUCAAGUCUAAGUGGCUUAUUUUCCAUAGGUUGUCACACUCGUUGAAUUAAGAGCAAGCAAAUGGAUGGAUGAAUUAUUUACUAGGUCCUCUAUGUGGUUUGAUAUGUGUCCAUUUUCCUGCAGUUUCCCAGCUUUAAUGAUGCAUGCAAAAAAAAAAAAAUAACCAAGAAAACAACUUCCCCACCUUCCUCUGCAAUUCUGAGGACGAGGGGUUUGGAUAGUCACUUGCUGAUAAGGUUUUGACAAAGCCAUUUGCAGCCAAAUCGCACCUGAAAUGAUGCCAAACUUUAUAUGGAACUUAGAUACCUCAUUUAGUGCAACAGUUCUCCUGUUUUCACGAGUGGAACAUUGAUGUUAAAGAUGAGUGCUGUUCCACAUGCUACACAUAGCAUGUAUUGCCAACGCUCUGAUAUUUCUGAAUUUAAAGCACAUGAAGUCCAUGAUGUUUCCGAUAUGGAAUUGUGGACUUAUAUUAUGGCUUCUGUGGAGGAAUGUCUUGUAAUUUGUGAGACAAAUUACGUUUGUGCAUACGCCCACUUACAAAUUAAUGUAAAUGUUUCUCCUACCGUUUCACAGAACGUCAGGGACAAUGUCUUUUGCACAUUCUCCUAUCGUGAGAUUACAGAUAGUUUCUCCAACCAGUGCUUCAGGCUCAUUGUUCCUACUCCAUAAUUGGUGCACUCAAGUAUCACAGGAGGGACGCAAAGGCAGAACAACACGCAGAGCUCAUUACAGGAUAUUGUGAUGUAUCUUCAAUUCUCUUUCAAUAAAUCCUUUGGACUGCAUGAACAUUUUGGUUUUUAUUAUUAAAUCCAAUUGUUUCAUUUUAAGUGGCUAAAUAUGCAAUUUAAAUAUCUUUAAAACUAUUUAAUUACAAAUCAAGGCAGACAGAAAUGAAAAUAAAUUUUACUUCUAUGCUUACUGUAAAACCAAUUAAAUUUGAAACUGUUGUGCUUCUACUUGAGCAAAUAGAGCGGAUAACGUCCUUGCUGUACAAGUAAACAUUUAAUCUCUGGUUUUUCCAUUAUCUUUGCUUUAAUAACAAGAUAAGCAAGGCAUUAACAAGCCCACCUAACCAUCGAUUUCGCCAUCCAACUACCACCAUUGUGGGCAUCAGUCAGCCAUUAAUUUAUAUUUUCACCACUGUGCUAGCUAACUGUCCGUGGCUAUCAGAAAAAGCUGAAAUAACCAAUUUGACAGGAAAACGAGUUUACUUGGACUCACGAUUCCAGGGGCAUCAUUACACUUGGAGUUGUCUUUGUUGCCUUGGGGUCUGUGGGGAGAUGUAGCAGUCAGGGCUCACCUCCUGGAAGCUGGAAUGAACCCAGAAUAGAGGAAGAAACUGCAGUCCCCAAUUUCCCCACCAGAGGAUGCUGGCAGUGACCACAUUUUCUCUCACAGGUUUCUACCUGUUCAAGGUCUCACCAUCUCCUAGUUAUGCCAAAGAUUGGCAGCAAAGCCAUUGAGGGACGCUCAGGGGCAAGCCAGAGCAACCACACACUUCAGAGACUCUGCUAGAUUCUAAUAGGAUUAGCAUUUUGAGCUUGCCUUUAUGGGACUUUAGAGUGAAGGUAUGCUAUGAGUCAGGAGGACUUGCUUUGAGCUCACAGGAAGCAUUUAACAAGACACAUGCUCUUUAAAAGCCUCAGAAAGACAGAUAAUAAAAAAACCCUGGGCUUCGGAGCCAGAGCACCUAGUUUCCGAUUCCGUGCUAUGCUUUAUUCUCUGUGGGAUCCAGGCAAUCUGUUUAACCCAUCCCAUCUUAAUCCCCUUGUCUAUAAACGAGAGGAAAAUAUUCCGGCAUUACUUUACAAGUUUGCUCUCAGGGUAAGUACCUCGUUCUAAAUAAUUUUUGAAAUAAAUAAAUCGUGAUACUUUGCACAUGGUAAGUACUCAAUAAAUGCAGUCUUACUUCUUGCGUUUGAUUCCCUUUGGUUCUUUGUUUUUCCUGUUUUAUACCCAAUCCUCUGGUUCAUUUAUUUUUUUUCCAAUGACUUAGACAUUCACUGAAUACAUAUAGCAUACAGGAUACCUCGAUCCGUGGUAGGGAUGCAAAGACUCAAAGUCCCUGAAGAGUCUAACCACUUAACAGAGGAGAGAGAGCAGUAAGAGAAAUCAGUAAGGGAAUCAAGGGGGAGAAAAGAGCACACUGCCUUUGCCCUGGAAGACGGAGCUGAGAAUACAGAGUUCUGGUUGCCUUGGCAACUGAUAAUCCAUAAACAUGUCCUAUGGAGAGGUUUUCAACAAAUAGCUAAGAAACUCUUUUAAAAAAUCUACUCAUUAAACUGCAGCGAGAAGAGGCGAGGAAGUGCACAAUGCUGCCUGCAGGGGGCGACAAAACUGCAACAUCCAAGUCUCACAGCCCAAACAUCCUCUGCUGUGUGCCCUUGAGCAGGUCAUCCAACUCCUCUGUGCAUGGUUUCUGCACUUGAAGAUAACUGCCGUUAUUUCAUAAAGGAAAAAGAGCACGUAAGCAACUUACUGUGACGGUUACUAGUAUUCCUCUCAGAAUUCUUGCAAACUGUGUUUCCUUUCAAAGUCUCACCAUGAGCACUCUGACACAGUGACCAGUUAAUUCUUCAGGAUUCUUUACAAGAAAAGCACUUUAAAUACAAACUAAUGUUCUGGUGUACUAGUUAAACCUUAGUCCCAAAUUCCUCUUUUAAAGUUUUAUUUAUUAUGUGGUUAUUUAUGAUAUAUGUAAAAUCUCUCACCACUUGUCACAAAGCAUGUACCCAGCUGAUGACUGACUAUGUGAAGAACUCAACAGGCACAGUGAAUAACUGGAUAACUAGCUUAUUUUCAAAGAACGAAAAUGGGUUUUGAGUUGUAUCAAAGAGAGAGCAUCUCAGGUUCUGGUGGCUGGGCUGGGGCGGAGCUGCCUUCAUUCCCAGUAACCUAGGCAGGAAUCCAGGCACCCAUCCAGUUAUUCUCCGUUACUGGAACAGCCUAGGGACUCAGGCAUGAGAUUUGCGUUUGGUUUCUGGUGUUACAUGGCUGUCUUCACGGGGCAGUCAGCGUGACUUUGAGCUCUAAGGCAGCAGGGAUCCAUGCCAGAACCCAGGAAACUUUAAUGAUCUGCUUCCUCCUCUCACUACCAGAAGUAAUUCUCGGAUUUACAGGGCUCUGGCACACCUUUGGGCCGUGUAUUUAGGCUCUAUUUCAUCUCUAGAGCCAAGGGAUUUCCAUCCCGAAGGUCAAAGCAGUCGGAAGCUGCCUUGUCACUGACAGGAUGAAUCUUUCCCGGGGCGACUUCCAAGCGCUGCAGGUGGCUGAGCAGCAGAGAUCACUCUGCAUCCCAGAGUGAAUGCCUUGGCUUUCAGAUUCUCAUAGAGCAUCAAAGGCUGAUGGGGUUUGCCCCAUUUCGGAGGCGAGGAGGUAUUGGAGGCAGCUUUAAUUGUUGGAUCUUGAUAACCUCCCCACCCACCUUGUGACGCCCUCUGGGCUCAGAAGCCCAUAACCCCUGACUGCACAGGCUUUUCUUGGCAGAGACCACAGCGCUUCGGGAACUUUCCAUUUUUCACACGCCAAGUCUAUGCCGCCAGUGUGCUGUCAAUGUGCUGGGCUUGAAAGCGUUCCUGGGUGGUGUGCUGGGGGCUAGGGUUUGUUCCCACUUGCUCUCGCCGUGUGUGGGAAGCUCCCCCGGGAAGAGGUUGUGGCUGGGCACGCCCAGCUUAUCACGGAUCUUCUCCUCCCAGGGUUGGAAGCUCUCAAGCGGUGGAAGGCUGCCAGGUGCUUGCAGGACGCUCACAAUCCUCCAAUUAUUGUCAAUGUGCGGUGCUACUUCCCUCCAGUCAUGGAGUCAGAACGCCAUAAACUGUUUUUCCAUUUGCUCGGUGGAUUUCGGGCCACAACAUUUUAAGCCCCAAUAUCGCAUCUUUUGAUAAUAUUCCCUUUGUAAAUUUUGUAACAUAACCUUUGAGGGCUAGCAGUAUAACCUGUUAGAAAUCUCGCCAGAAAACAUUUGUUAGUUGACUCUAGUCACCACUCCCCUCCCCUUUCAGGGUUUCAUUUCUACUUAGCAUGUAGCCUGCAAUGUCUUUUUAUUAAGAUCAGAAAUUUAAUUAUGUACAUAUUUGAAACCUGAACCCAUUAAGUCUACAGAUCCCCCGAAAAUGCCAUUUGCCAGGUGUGCAAUCACAGUCAAUGUGCAAAAAUGUCGCACAACAAUUAGGUUUUAAAGCUUAACUUAACAACGGUCUGAGAGACUACCUCUUUAGAUGGAGAGAAAUUGCUCUGGAGACGGUAGAGCAAAUCAGGAAAGUGGCUGAAAUAGUGAGAAAUGAAAUGAAGUGGAUUAUGUCUCCACAAAAGACAUUGGCAAGGAGGGAGAGACUGAAGCAAAGAGGAAAUGCAGACUGAAAGAGAAGAGGGAGUCCUCUAAUUCGGUGGCUUGCAACUGUGUGUCAGAACCCCUUGGGUGUAGAAAGACCUUGCAUAGGGGUUGCCUAAUAUCAUCCCGAAACACAGAUAUUUCCGUUAUGAUUCAUAACUGUAGCAAAAUUACAGUUAUGGAGUAGCACGAAAUAAUCUUGUGGUUGGGAGUCACCACAGCAGGAGGAACUGCGUUAAAGGGUAGCAGCGUUAGAAUGGGUGAGAACCUCUGGUCUAUCAGGAGGCUCUGCAGCCACUCUCCAGUCUACCGAGACUUCCCUCAGCCAAGAGUCAGGUAUUCUCAGUGUUCCCCGGUCACCACACCCCCUCCUGUACGGCUGUCUGUUUUUGUUUUGUUUUGUUUUGUUUUGAAUGUAUUGUUUUGCCCUUCACAUCACCAUCAUGAUUUAUGAGCUGUCUUUCCUACUAGACUUUCAACUCCCCCAGGUCAGGGAUUGGGAGAAACGUCUAAAACAGUAUUUGUCUAAAAUGUAUCUGUGACUCAGCUGUCUGAAAGGUGAUGUCUGUGAGAGGCUUCAGAUAGGUGCACCUUCCACGUAAUCUCUUUCACGUACGGACUUGGUAUCUGGGGGGCUGUCAGCACACAGCUUUAGCGUCCAACCAAUCCCUAGGAAUGACCCAACCUACCCAGGGCUGCCUCACCUCAAAAGGAACAGUUUUGGAAGAUGGCCACAUCUAGUGCCUGGAAUAGUCAUCUGUACCUAGCGGGUGCAACUCUGAGGGGGGUGUUCUAGACCCAUAGAGAUGGUGGGCUUGUCUAAUGCUAUUGGUGGCUUUUGCAAGCUGACUGUUCUCUUUGACCACUUCUGGUUAUAUGUUUCUCUCUCUCUCUCUCUCUCUCUCUCUCUCUCUCUCUCUCUCUCUCUGUCUGUCUCUCAUCUAUCUAUGUGUAUAUCUGGUAGUGUAUGUUUGAAAGCCAAAGUUCAAUCUCCAGUGUUGUUUUUGGGAUCCACCCACCUUGUUUUUUGAGAUAGGGUUUCUCAUUAGAACCUGGGACUAAAAGAGUGGACUGGGCUGGCUAGCCAGUGUCUCUGGGGUAUCCAUCUGUCUCUGCCUGCCCAGGAUUAUAAGCUAGUACCACCAUACCUGGUUUUCUUGUAUGGGGGUAGGGCUUGAUCUCAGGUCUUCAUGACAACGGGCACUUUAUCUACUGGCUAUCUCCCCAGCCUUCAUUCCUGUUUUUGAAUCCUUGCUUCUUUGACUGUUUGCCCAAGGUAAUUCCUAAUGGUAUUUGGUGCAUCAAAAUCCCAGCUCAGAAUCUGUUAGCAAGAAAACUAUUUAUACCAUCUUCCAGUUGAAGUUAAAGAAUAAUUAAAGGUAAUGGGUACUGAAUUUAAGCAGGCAUAUUUCAUAUUCUCAAUUGUAUGGAAUUCUAGAGGAAAAUGAGCAAAGAGUAAUGAGCAGAAAGCAGUCUUAUGGGAUGAAUAACAGAGGGACUAGUAGGAAGUGUGUCCACAUUGGCUUCUUAGCCCCUGACCUGGCUGUCUUGUUCUGUCCCACAAGAGGAAGAAGUUGGAUCCAAAUAUCUUCCCAGUUUUUCGUUGUUUUUUUUUUUUUCUAUUCCAAACUUCUCUCUGGCUGAAGUAGGAGCUCUAGGAGCAUUGAUUGAGAACUCAGCUAUAAACCGAAAGGUCCAACAGAUGACCUCCAAACUGUAAAUCCAGGGGACAAACCUGAAGAAGAAGAAAAUGUGCCAUUCAGAGUUGCAGUCAGUGAUAUAGCAGCCCUGAGAGACUGUCAUCCUGACAACCCGGGAGGAUGCGUGUGAAAAGGAUUCCUCUGAUAGCUGCCUGCUAGAGAUGACUGCAGCUGUUCAAGGUACGUAGGAAAAAGGACAAGGAGGGCACCGGCUCAGCUGAGAGCAGAAAUCAGAGUGGGAACAGCACGAGCAGCUAAAUCAGACCUGAAAGCAUAAUCGCUGACAUUUAAGAUGAAGAGAUUGGCAAAGAGGAUCAUUUUGCUGCCUCUGAAAGUAAAAUAACGGAGGGAAUUCAAGGAAGCUGGCCACAAACCAGAGUCGAAUUCUUACUUUAGUUUGGUUUUUAGGCCCCUCUGCUUUAUAUUGUAUCAUUCGUCGAAGCAUCACUCAUUCAACGAAUAAUCCUUAAACAUCUGCUCUCAAUACUCACGCUUCCUUGUUGAAUUUGAGAAGGAAAAAUAUAAACAAAAGAAUUUAUAACGAGAGUAUGAGUAAGAGCUUGGGAAAGUGUCCCAAGAAGGCUCCCAG